AUGGCCGGAGGAGGCGGUCCAGCAGCUCCAGCCCGCGGCACCCGCAUCGUGCUGUUCCCGCUGCCGUUCCAGGGCCACAUCAGCCCGAUGCUGCAGCUCACCAGCGCGCUCCACGCGCGGGGGCUCGCCAUCACCGUCCUCCACACGGCGUUCAACGCGCCGGACCCCGCGCGCCACCCGGCGUUCACCUUCGUCGCGGUGCCGGACGCCAUCCCGGAGGCCGUGGCCGCGACCAACAACGGCCUCGCCGAGCUCCUCGCCCUGAACGCCGCCAUGGAGGCGUCGGGGCACAUCCGGGACGCGGACGAGGAGGAGCCCCGGCUGGCGUGCCUGAUCUUCGACUCCACCCUCACCGCCGUGCACAAGGCCCCGGCUGGCCUUGGGCUGCCCACGAUCGUGCUGCACACCAGCAGCGAGGCCUGCUUCCGUAUGGCCAGGUCCUACGACAUGCUCCUCGACAAGGGCUAUCUGCCAUCGACAGGUUCGGCAGUUUGGCACCAAUAA